GAUCCUGAUAAUGGCAAUCUCAACCUCAGUGGAAACUCUCUUGGAGAUACAGCAGAGUACACAUGUAACACUGGCUACAAUCUGAUGGGAGAGUCAAUAUUAACAUGUGGUGCCGACAGCCAGUGGAGUGGGAACCCUCCUGUAUGCGAGCGCUCACUGACUACACCUGACUUAUUUGAACACAGUUGUCCAGUGUCCUGAUCUCAGUAGUCCCAUGAGUGGCUCACUGCUAAUAUCUGGAACUGGUGCUGGUGUUUACCAGGAGACUGCAACAUAUGCAUGCGAAACUGGUUUCAAUCUGGUUGGCAUGUCGAUGCGUGUUUGUCAAAGUGAUGGCACAUGGAGUGGAUCUGACCCUACAUGCCAGAUUAUUCUAACAUCGCCUUAUUUUCCACUCAGUGGUUAUGUGUCCCACUCUCAAUGAUCCUGAUAAUGGCAAUCUCAACCUCAGUGGAAACUCUCUUGGAGAUACAGCAGUGUACACAUGUAACACUGGCUACAAUCUGAUGGGAGAGUCAAUAUUAACAUGUGGUGCCGACAGCCAGUGGAGUGGGAACCCUCCUGUAUGCGAGCUUGUCCCAGUGUCCUGAUCUCAGUAGUCCCAUGAGUGGCUCACUGCUAAUAUCUGGAACUGGUGCUGGUGUUUACCAGGAGACUGCAACAUAUGCAUGCGAAACUGGUUUCAAUCUGGUUGGCAUGUCAGAGCGUGUUUGUCAAAGUGAUGGCACAUGGAGUGGAUCUGACCCUACAUGCCAGAUGGUUAUGUGUCCCACUCUCAAUGAUCCUGAUAAUGGCAAUCUCAACCUCAGUGGAAACUCUCUUGGAGAUACAGCAGAGUACACAUGUAACACUGGCUACAAUCUGAUGGGAGAGUCAAUAUUGACGUGUGGUGCCGACAGCCAGUGGAGUGGCACCCCUCCUGUAUGCGAGGUUGUCCAGUGUCCUGAUCUCAGUAGUCCCAUGAGUGGCUCACUGCUAAUAUCUGGAACUGGUGUGGUGUUUACCAGGAGACUGCAACAUAUGCAUGCGAAACUGGUUUCAAUCUGGUUGGCAUGUCAGAGCGUGUUUGUCAAAGUGAUGGCACAUGGAGUGGAUCUGACCCUACAUGCCAGAUGGUUAUGUGUCCCACUCUCAAUGAUCCUGAUAAUGGCAAUCUCAACCUCAGUGGAAACUCUCUUGGAGAUACAGCAGAGUACACAUGUAACACUGGCUACAAUCUGAUGGGAGAGUCAAUAUUGACGUGUGGUGCGACAGCCAGUGGAGUGGCAACCCUCCUGUAUG